AUGCUGGCGCAGAAGACGCAAGCCACCACCCCAGCGAGUAAACGCUACCGGGCAAAAUUCACCGCCGCUGCCUCCAUUCACUCUCUGGGGUUCAAAUGCCAACUCUCGCGAGACUUGAUUCGCGCGGCCACACCGUUCUUCAGCAGGAGCCUUUCCGGUGCUGUGUCCCGGAAGCGGAAGUGUGAUCUCCAGUCUGUCAGAAUCCGAGUGUUACUCGGUGGUCGCGGCAUCUAGGGAAGUCGCUUCACUCUUCCUAGCUCUAGAGCGCUUCCCCCGCGGGUGGGAGUGCCGGAACGAAGGUGCACGAUGAGCACCAUGUUCGCGGACACCCUGCUCAUCGUUUUUAUUUCCGUGUGCACGGCUCUGCUCGCCGAGGGUAUAACCUGGGUCCUGGUUUACAGGACAGACAAGUACAAGAGACUGAAGGCGGAAGUGGAAAAACAAAGUAAAAAAUGUGAGUAUGGCAGCACAUUUGAAAUUAUUUCAACACGUCAAGCUCAUUGA